CGUCCUGUUCGUGUAGGCCUUGAUACACUUCACUGAAGUAUUCAAACUGAUUUCUUAUUUUUCUACGAAUGUUGAACACAAAAAUGGUUCGAGGUACAAGCAAGGGGGAUGAUAUUGGGAAAAUAUUUGUCGGGGGCUUAUCCACAGAAACUACUAAAGAGAGCCUUCAAGAGUACUUCAGUGAGUUCGGUGAAGUCACAGACUGCAUUGUUAUGCGGGAUAACACCACGAAACGUUCAAGGGGUUUCGGAUUUGUCACUUUUCAAGAUCCUGCUUCAGUAGAUAACGUGUGCCAAAAUGCUGAACACAUCCUUGACAACAAGAAGGUAGAUCCCAAGCGUGCUGUGCCACGAGGACCAGGUCAGCAAGAAAUGAUUUCCACACAAAGUACUGGUGGGCCUACUAGGGAUGCAGGAAAUAAUGAUAACAAAAUUUUUGUUGGUGGACUAAUCAGUAGCACCACAGAAGAUGAUGUGUGGCGGUUUUUCUCAACAAUUGGAAAGGUUGUUCAUGUUAAGCUGAUGUAUGAUAAAGAAAAUAGCAGAAUGCGAGGCUUUGGUUUUGUAACGUUUGAGUCAAGUGAAGCAGUAGAGGAGGCUUGCCGUAUACAUUAUCAUGACAUCAAUGGAAAAACGGCUGAGGCAAAGAAAGCUGAGCAGCGUGAUUCCAGAAUGGGACCAGGAGGAAACAUGGGCAUGGGUGGAGCACAGAUGAACAGUGGGUACAACAAUGCACAGUAUUACCCUCAAAUGCAAGGUCAGUUUGGUGGCCCUCCUCCAGUCUCUGGCAUGGGUCGAGGCUAUGCAGGCUAUGGUGCAAUCCCUCAGGGCUAUCCAGGGGCACCAAACAUGGUCACUCCAGGGUAUGGUUAUGGAGGAUAUGACCAGACUUCCAUGUAUGGUGCACAAACUUCUGUUGCCACUCCUGGGUAUGGAAACUAUAGUGCAGUACCUUCAUCAGCAGCAGCAUCCAUGGCUGCAACAUCAGGUGGAUAUCCAGAUUACAGUCAGAUGUCAGCAGCAACACCCCAAGCUGGAAUGCCAACAACUGCUCCUGGUGGCCAGCCUCGCUUAGAGACCCCUGCUACCACCGACUACUCAGUGUAUGGCCUGGGCAACUACCCCCAACAAGAGUCCAACUAUGGUCCGGCUAGGACAUCGUUCUCCUCUGACUCGGGAUACAGUGGCUAUGCUGGUAAUGCUGAGCAACCUGGCUACGGUCCAGGUCCCUAUGGAGGAGGAGAAAGUCUUGGAAGGGGAGGCAAUGCUUCUCGUGGAUUUCACCCGUACGGACGAUAGAGAGCUGGAAAACUUUUAAGAAAAUGGAAUUUGCUAAAAACUUAACCUAAAAACGAACGAUUUGGUUUAUGAGCUUUCUAGAAGAUCAUGGCUUUUUCACUGACGAAAUAUUUUAACCUCAAAGUUAUCGUUUGUUUGUUUUUUACUUCCAUUGCCAGGAGUUUUAAUCAACUUUGUUCAGUUGUUAAGAAUCCUCGUAAAGGUAUAGUUUUCUCUGCAUAAAUUCGCACAUUACCCAUAAUUUUGAACGAAAUAUUGGUCUGAGAUAACUAAGUCAACUUGUAAACAGGCAGGAAGAAUUUCAGAGUGAACUGAAAACCAGCAAACAGGGCAUGUGAGAAACCUGUUUACUAUUUGAUUGACUUCAUCGAUCAUAUUGCUUAUGUUCCGUUAGUAGAUCAAUUAAAAAAAGUUUACGGUCUUCA